AUGAAGACAAUACUUCUAGGGAUGACUGAAGACCAACACGAUAAGAGAUCCUGGAGAUGCUCUGGCAUGGUAGCAGCCUUCAUCCUGCUAAGCCUUGCUCUCAAUGCCAGUAUCAGAGGACAAGCUGUUCUGAUUCGUCAGGCAUACAGUGACACCAGUGAGAAUGUUCUGUUUCUCUUCACUUGGGCUGUUGUCUUUGGACAGAUCUUGGCAGUCAUGAUCUUGAUUGUUGCAGAAACGCCACAUGGAUAUUGGCCCGAUAAAGAAGCUAUUAUGAUCAUUAUAUUUGCCCAUGCAGGUGGUAUCUUUUUGCAUGAUUACCUGCUGAGUGUGGGGAAUGCACAUGGUUUUCUGUCUGUGGCUUAUCUUCAGCCUGUAUUAGCUUUGAUUACAGUUUGGAUUGUGACAUCUUCAACAUCCAUUAUAGCUCGGCCUUACACAUGGGUCGGCAUGGCUGUCAUUAACAUUGGAUGCAUUUUUGUGUCUAUUAAAUUGUCGACUGUUACUAACUCUGACAGGACCUCCUGGAUAUGCUUACUGUCUGCCUUUACCAUGAUUCUCCGAAACAUUGUGAUCCGACAGCUUGUGAAUAACGAACAUGUUGUAGUGAGGCCUCGCAGGAAAAUUAUGAUUUUUGGGUUGGUUAUUGUAGUGUGUAUUGUUCUGCUGGCAAUCAAAAUCACCUCAAAAAACUGGCUUGUCCCAUCCCUUUGUGCCUUGAUAACAUGUGCCUUGUGUGCAGCCUUGACAUAUGUGACAACCCAGGUACUGAAAAGCUAUUCAGUUCCUUUUGUGUCCUUGUUUUGUGUCUGGGCAACGCUUGUAGAAGCUGUGAUGCUGAUGCCUAAUGACCACAGACCAAACUUUGUUAUUUUUCUGUUAUCCUCAGGCCUAAUUAUUAUUGGUCAUUAUUUGUUUAUUAAAGACCACAUAGAAAGUACUACUGAUGGGACUACCCCUGCCUUGACUACAGUGCAUCCACCAAAACCUGUGAGCACACAUGAGCAGUACACGAGGAUCGAAUUCCUGCUGUUUGCAGCUCUGGUCAUGGGCGUGACUGUUUUUGUGUUGCAACCAAAAAUCUCCCAGAGAGAUUUAAACACCCUCAGCUAUAUUGGACUUGAUACAGUCAUCCGCCGGUUACUUCUACUGGAAGUUGCAGAAGAUGUCCAUGUUGUAGAAGAGCAAAGUCAAGUUCAGCUGCCCUAG